UACAUCCCACCUACUCCAUGAUUCAACAAUGACGCACACCUAUAUUUUGGUCCCAAAUUAGUACCACCCACCAAGAUCAAUCACUUCCCCAAUAUCACUACUCACUUUCCUUCACAAAUUAUUCAACUUUUCACUACCAAUUGCUUAAUUCCGCAAUCCCACUGAACCAAUAACCCUCUCUACCAUCAUUCUUACCCCAAAUCUCAAAACCCCAUGUGCAUGUAACAACACCCCACAUCUCAAAACAGAGUCUUGAUCCAAUCCCCAUUAGGGUUUUUCUCAAUUCAACAAUCAUGGCUUCUUUGAUGCUAUCCGGACCUCAAAAUCUUGCAUUUGCCCCAAAAGGGUUAGGGUUUAAGAACCCUGAUUUGAAAUGUAGGAGCUUUAGUUUCCCCAAAUCCAAUUUGAUUGGUAAAAGUCGUAAUCUUGGAGCUAAAACCCUAAUGGUACCCAGAUGUAGUGUGUCCGUAUCAAGGCCUGCUUCACAGCCAAGAUUUAUACAGCAUAAGAAAGAGGCUUUUUGGUUUUAUAGGUUUUUGUCAAUUGUGUAUGAUCAUGUGAUAAACCCUGGGCAUUGGACUGAGGAUAUGAGGGAUGAUGCACUCGAACCGGCGGAACUCGAUAACCGGGAUUUGGUUGUGGUGGAUGUUGGUGGGGGUACAGGGUUUACUACUUUGGGGAUUGUGGAACAUGUUGAUGCUAAGAAUGUGACUAUUUUGGACCAGUCUCCUCAUCAGCUUGCUAAAGCUAAGGAGAAGGUGGCUUUGAAGGAGUGUAGGAUUAUUGAGGGGGAUGCCGAGGAUCUUCCGUUUGAAACGGAUUAUGCGGAUCGAUAUGUGUCGGCUGGAAGCAUUGAGUACUGGCCCGACCCACAACGAGGCAUCAAAGAAGCAUACAGGGUUAUAAAGAAAGGAGGGAAGGCUUGUUUAAUCGGUCCUGUUUAUCCGACAUUUUGGUUGUCUCGUUUCUUUGCAGACAUGUGGAUGUUGUUUCCAAAGGAAGAAGAAUAUAUUGAAUGGUUUGAAAAGGCGGGGUUUAAAGAUGUGCAGAUUAAGAGGAUUGGCCCACAAUGGUAUCGUGGGGUCCGUCGCCAUGGUCUCAUUAUGGGAUGCUCUGUUACAGGUGUCAAACCCACCUCCGGGGAUUCUCCAUUGCAGCUUGGUCCAAAAGUAGAGGACGUAGAAAAGCCUGUAAACCCGUUUGUAUUCCUUUUACGGUUCCUUGUUGGAGCCUCGGCUGGAGUCUACUAUGUACUAGUUCCUGUCUACAUGUGGCUCAAGGACCAGAUUGUGCCGAAAGGUCAACCAAUAUGAGAGAUUAAGAGACCCGUAUGGUGCAGAGUCGGUUAUGACGGUUUUUUAGCUUGUGUGCACUGUUAUUUGGUCUUUAUGUUCACAACUUUAAUGUUGAAAUCAUAAUCUGUAAUUGCAGAACCUAGAUAUUUAGCACCUUGUCUUGGAGAUGUUGAACAGUUUGGUAUGUGAUUUUUACUCUGAAACACAAGUGGUUAUGUAGCUUCGUAAUUCGUUGGUUCUAUAUU